AUGCAGCAGAGCUCUCUCUCUCUUUCUCUCUCUCUGUCUCUCUCUCUGUCUCUCUCUCUCUCUCUCUCUCUCUCUGUCUCUAAAGCUUAUCUACCAGUCUCGAGGGAGCCUUGUUGUUCCCAAGCACGAUGGACUCUCGGCUAAGCUCGAAGGAAUGUCUUCUGGUUCUUGUGCUAUCGUGCGGAUUCCUCUGGCUACCUGUGUGCUGCAAGAGGCAUCGCCAAGUCUUCAAUGUAAGUCAUGCAACUCCCUGCUUCCUAAUCGUCGGCAGGCCAGUGCAUUCAGGCUUAAAAAUAAUUCGUCGUCGUCCCUUCACUCUCGAGAUUCAUAUUCUCAUGUACCUCGGAUCAUCUGUGAACUCAUGUCACACGUUGGCUACGUAUGAACAAGAACCCCUUCCUCAGAUUAGUGCAUGGCAAGUUUCCGAGGGGAGGGGCGUCUCCUAUUCUCGACCUCUGGGCUAUUAUCAGGGCCUUAACAUCGUUCUUCUGCUGCUGCUGCUGCUACUUCUUAUUCCCCUUCUUCUUCUUGGUCUUCAUCUUGGUGUUCUUCUCCUUCUGCUGCUCCUUAUUAUUCUUCUACUUCUUCUUAUUAUGAUUUGCUUCUUCUUCUAUCAUGCUGUUGCUGCCGCUGCUGCUGCGGCUUGUUCGUCUUCCAGAUCAAAGAAGCUCCUUACACUCGGCUUUGCCAAACGAAGAACAUCUUGACCGCGAACGGGGAGUACCCGGGGCCAACACUCUAUGCCCAUGCAGGCGACACGGUGAUCGUCGAAGUCGUCAACCGUGCCAAGAGCAACAUUACUCUCCACUGGUGAGGAUCUCUAUCGCUUUGACUCGAGAGGGAAGUCGUCAGUCUUGUGGCUGGCCAGUGGAUGACGAGAGAGUUCGGGCUGUUCGUACCCACCCUCUAGGGAAACCACAAUAUUCAUUUUUUUAAAAUAAAACAAAUAAUCAAUCUUAUGCCUAGGAUAUGCUGUUAAAUGUAAUCUGAUUAACAUUCUGUAUGCUGGCGGAACGUUUUAUCGUGGGCAUUGACCAAGAUUGGAGAAUGAGCAGGCAUGGUGUGAAGCAGCGAAGGAAUCCAUGGUCGGACGGGCCUGUUUAUAUCACUCAGUGCCCCAUAAAGCCCGGGUCGAGUCAAACCUACACCAUCGUCUUGUCGGACGAGGAAGGGACCGUCUGGUGGCACGCGCACAACGACUGGGCUCGUGCGACCGUCCACGGAGCGUUCAUUGUGUACCCGAGGAGGCACGGCAAGGGCUACCCUUUCCUCAAGCCUCACAAGGAGAUUCCCAUCAUUCUAGGUCGAGGGCUAAAACUCGAGUCCCUUGAGACAGCUGAAGUCUUCCACGUCGAUCGAUGCAGAAAUAGAUGCUUAUAUUGACGCUUCUUACUAUAGGAGAAUGGUGGAAGAGCGACGUGAGCAAGGUGCUCGAGGAAAUGGUUCGAACAGGGGAUUCACCCAACGUUUCCGACGCGUUCACCAUCAACGGACAGCCGGGUCGUUUCUAUCCAUGCUCUGAAGAAGGUCCGUCUACUACACCAGACCUGAGCUCCCGCCAAACCGUUGACUUGCUUGGGAAGGAGGGGAAAAAUCAUCAGUAUCUCUCCUCCUCAAACCAGUGAUGUUUAUUUCUCCUUGGAUUUAGGAAUGUUCGAGGUGAUGGUGAAGAGAGGGAUGAGGUAUCUCCUUCGCUUGGUCAACGCGGCCAUGAACGACGAACUGUUCUUCGCCAUUGCACAGCACCGGCUGACGGUUGUUGGCUCCGACGGAAGCUACACGAAACCUUACACUUCGGAUUACAUAACGAUAGCCCCAGGACAGACCAUGGACCUCCUCUUGGAAGCUAACCGGCCAUCCGACGGUCUCUACUACAUGGCCACGAAGGCUUACUCUAGCAACUCAGUGGUCGGCUACGAUAACACUACCGCCACAGCCGUCAUCAAGUACUCGACAAAGAGAGCCCCUCUGAAGGCUUACUUCCCCUUCCUCCCUGCCUUCAACGACACCGAUGCGGUGGUCAACUUCUCCAAGGGGCUGAGGAGCUUGGCCAGUGCCGAUCACCCCGUCGACGUCCCCCUCCGCGUUGACCACCGCAUGGUCAUCACGCUCUCGAUAAACGAGUUCCCUUGCGCCAACAAUUCCUGCCAGGGCCCCAACGGUAGCAGGCUCGCCGCCAGUCUCAACAACAUAAGCUUCGUCGACCCUUCCGUUGACGUGCUGGGCGCCUACUACAGCUCCAUCAAGGGAGUUUUCAAGAAGGGUUUCCCGAACAAGCCUCCUCUGGUUUUCAAUUUUACAGGUGAUGACCUGCCACUCAGCCUGUUGCAGCCGAAGAAGGGCACGAAGGUGAAGGUGCUGAGGUACAACAGGACAGUUGAGAUGGUGUUCCAGGGGACGAACUUGGUUGCACCGCUGAACCAUCCCAUGCAUCUGCAUGGGCACAGUUUCUACGUGGUUGGUUAUGGUCGUGGCAACUACGACAAGAAGACGGCACAUCGAGGGUUUAACUUGGUGGAUCCUCCCUACAUGAACACCGUAGGAGUUCCGAGGGGCGGUUGGGCAGCCAUCAGAUUCAGGACAGACAACCCGGGUGAAUCUGAACUCACCCUCCAUUCAAAUCCUCCAAAAGCAGGCACCCUUUACUCCAAAAUUCUACUAACUCCGUCUUUCUCUCGACCAUCAGGCGUCUGGUUUAUGCACUGCCACUUCGACCGUCACACCACCUGGGGCAUGGACACGGUGCUCAUCGUGAAGAACGGGAAGAGACGCGCCGAUCAGAUGCUGCCCCCGCCAGCAAAUCGGCCGUCGUGUUGA